AUGUUGCGUAGAAGUUUCGGGUGAGACGACGCGAGUAUAUGACGUCAGAGUUUCAAGUCUUUGGCGCGAGGACCAAACAAAUUUGAAAACCGUGGUCAAACCGUUCAACAGUCGGCUCAGAGAGAGAGAGGACAACUACUCAAGUUUUAGUUAACAGACUGGAUAACAGGACAGCAGGCUCCAAAGGUGAACAUGUUUUUCAUUAUUGUUUGAAAAUAUGUUAAAUGCUGUUGCUUCUUGUGUUUUACAGACAGAUUUAUCUGUUACAGCUGAGAAGUUGUGAUGUGCUGUUUAGCGAACCAAGCUAGUUAGCCUGUUAGCUUUAGCAGGUCAGAUCCACAACAACAAAGCUAGCCCACAGAAAGAUUUUUAAGACAGAGGCUUCACUUUGUUCAUUUUGUUCCGUUUUCUUCUUAAACAUCGAAAACAAUGUCUAGGAAUCGACUCUAAUGAUUUAUGUAGGAUCAGGUUAUUCUACGAUGUACAGCAAACGUGUCUAAGGCUGUGUUUAACAUUUGCACCACAAGAAAUUAGUUGAAAGCAAUCUAAUUACCAUUCUUAGUAAAACUAACUGUUUCUUUGUUUCGCUCUUCUCCCCACCAAGGGAUGUCGUGGGACUUUUUUGUGCCCGUGUGCGUGGGUGAUCUGGUAAAGACUGGGGGGAUCAACCAGUAUGUUGUCCAGGAUGUGGUCUCCCCAAAACAGCUGCCAUCCUGCCUCAACAGUAUGUGAUAAAUCUAAAGUUUUCAGUACUGAUGACUUUUCUUGUUUAGUUUUUUUUUCGCCUGACUAAAAGUUUUUCUAUCAAACACACAGAAUUCAAGGCGGCACUGCGGAGCCAGGGUCCUAUGUGUAUAUUGGAGCACUUUGACACAGGCUACAGUGUGCUUCAGUAAGUACUCAUUGUGUGAUUUAGCUUGUUAUAAGAUUUGUUGACAAGAUACAUUGAUCAAAGCUGCUGUUCUUUUGCUUUUCAAGGCACUGCAACUCAGUGGAGAUGGCCGUGAAAGAGGAUGCUCUGGAAUUAUUGGUACAAGGUAUGACAUUUUUUUUUUGUAUAGGCUAAAGAAAUAGUUGACCUGUAAAUGCCUAUGUGAUCAUAUAUUUAUUCAUUUUUUGUCUUUCAGUGGUUAGCGGUCUGGCUGCCACCCUACCAGCGCUUUUCGUCUCCACCUCUGUCUCCGCUGCAGAGCGCAAAGAGAAACUUAAUGCGGUCAAAAUGAGUGUCUACCUGCUCUGCAAACUCACAGAGACCCUUGAGAGUGCCUCCUAUAGACAGAAUAUUAUCACAACCCCUGGAAAGGUACAGUACACUGUGCUGAAGUCAUGCAUUGUUGACCUUUCAGAUAGUCGACCAUUGUUUUUUCAUCUGUAUUAAAUGCCCAUUGAUGAUAUUAUGGCAUGUUUCAUGAUCUAGUCAGACCGAGGGAUUGUGGCUUCUAGCAUGCUGAUUGAUGGGUAAUCUUGGCAGUGUGGUUUAGUUUUAUUGCACCGCUGUAAGGGCCCAUCCACAUUCAACUUGAUGCCUUCUACAAUCUCCUUCCAUGAGUAAUGGGAUGGUAGUGAUAGAAGGUGCCAAACAAUGCGCAAAUGUUUUGUUUGUCUUUGUGUGUGUAUGUGGUACGCAUGUAUAUGUAUCAGUUUGCAAGAGGCUUUCAUCCAUAUACACUUGGUUUGACCUAAAUGAAUGUCUCUUUGGUAAUCUGAGGGCAUGUAUGCUUGUUAAUUGAGGUUGUCUAUUCACUGUUUCAUGAAGUUUGUCAUUUGUUUUGAUUUAUUUCUGAAGACAAACUUUUCAGUGUUUUUACAUUUGUGUUGUCUUACACAGGGUAAAAAAGGCAAAGGUGGUGGAGAGGGGCUGCUGCAGUGGGACUCUGAGAGAGAAAAGGUGCUGCAGGCCCUCAAUCAGCUCCUCCAGCUAGAUAUUCGUUCCCUCUGGAACCUCUCCCUGGUGGAGGAAGAGUUCAUCAGGUACUGUACUGUACGGGGAGUGCAGUAUCAAGCUCAGCUGUCUUUAUUCAGUUAGCUGUUGUCAUUUCCCGAUUUCUUCUCCGGAUCUCUGCCCUGAUGGAUAACACAGUUGCCUUAAUUUGUGUUUAUGUGAAAAUUAUGUUUUCCUUUCCAUCAGUAAUAUUGUGCUCAAUCUAAUAAGGUUGGAAGAUCUUUUGAAUUGUUUCCAUUGUCAUUAUGUCAUCACAGUCCUAUUUUUGCACAUAUCUAUAAACAUAUGCAGUGAGAGGUUUUUUGUUGUCUUGUCUGGGAAGGUCUUCAUAUGAAAGCUUUUGGUGAAAAAGAAAUGUCAGAACUUGCCAUUGUUGUUUUUUUGUUUGUUUGUAUGUUUUUGUAAUGUAUAUACAAUGUUUUAUUUACAGCUUGUUAAAAAUUGGGCUUGGUCCUCAAAUUGUUUUCAUACAGGUUUUACCCCUUGCACACCCAACAAAGUUCAAAGACAUUGUUCUGUUCCCCUUUCCCCACAGUUGUGUGACUUGCUGCUGCUACAAACUACUUGAGAACCCGACCAUCGGCCAUGUCAAAAGCAAACCAACCAGGGAUUGUAUAAUUCACCUUCUCGGAGUCCUUAUCAAGAAGUACAGUCAUCUCCUGGGUUAGUCACUCAGUAACAUAUGUCGUCUGUGAAUCUGAGGGUAGUGUUUGAAAAUCCCCCAAAAUGUUUCAUUCCCACUUGUUACUCAUUAUAUAUUUAUGAGUUAAAUCUGUGUUUAUAUUUUCAUUUCACUCGUAUCCUCUGAUCUGACAUUUACAGGUGCGAGUGUAAAGGUGAUCCAGUUGCUGCAACACUUCGAACAGCUUUCGACCGUGUUUGCACAGGCAGUGUCUGUGUGGAGUACAGAAUAUGGAGUCAGAGCCAUCAUAGGAGAAGUAAUAAGGUCAGUCUAUAUAUCUGGUGUUCAGAUUAAGAUUGGAUAUUUCUCAUUUGCAGUUUCUGUGUAGACAUCUUUAUCUUUGAAAAAAAGUACAAAAUAAAAACACCUUUCCCUCAUUUCUUCAGGGAGAUUGGUCAGAAGUCCAGCGAGGAACUUGCUAGAGAGGGGUCAGGAGUCAAAGCUUUUUCAUCCUUCAUUUCUGAACUUGGUGCACUGGUGCCAGAGUUAAUGAUUCCCAACAUCAGUGUGCUCAUCACACACCUGGAAGGAGAGGUAAUGUUUACACUAACAUGCUCUUUUCCUUAUGGUCUUAUUUUAUUAUGAGUUUAAGAGUGGGGGGAUUGCUUUUUACCUACAAAUCGAUGCUUUGAUGUUGUUUAAUGGCUUUGGGGAAAUAGACAGGUCAGAUACCUAAAUGUGAUUUUGACUUUUUAGGUCUUACAAUCAUUCUGGCUUGUGACUGGUGUGUUAAGUAAGCAUAUUAUGAGCACAUAAUUAUAAAAUCUAACAAAGGAGAAAAAGGGCUUUUGUCUUUUUGUUAGUUUUGAAGGGAAAGAGCUUUUAAGAUUUUUUUUACACAUAGCAGCAAAGCACCAGUUAAGACUUUUUCAGACAAAUUUUGGUCUUACAGCACCCUCAACUAUUUUAGACAAUCUCUAGUGACACUUUGAUUCAGCUGGAAAGUGAAUCGCUGAAAAAAGCCUCAAGACAUAAAAGUGACUGAUCAGUUUGUAAGAGUAAAAUUUGAAAAAGAAGAAAAAAACAUUUGUACGAUCCCAAAAACUAUGGAGGGGGGAUCUCUGUAAGAAGUGUCCUUAGUUUAUUUUUUGUGUGCUGGAACAUUGAGCCCGAUGAUGAGACCAAGGCGAAUAUGAGCUUACUGGAUGAGCGCUGGGUUCUCCUUGCCCUAACUGACAGGUAAUCUUGGCAGUGCAGGGGAGGAUUCCUGCUCUGCUGUAAGGGCCUGCCUACAGUGACUUGGCCUGUCCUGAAUUAUUUCUCUGGAGGUACAGAGGUGUAAUGCUGGGAUGGAGCUGACAUUGUGAUUGUGUGCGUGUGUGUGCGCGGUAGUUUGUGUGAGUGUGUGUAAGAGGCAAGGAGUUCAACCAGCUCUCUUUGCUGUUCAGUCAGCUAUGAGUUGCUUCUUUGGUAAUCUGAGGGCAGAAUCCACAAACUCAUGUCAUUGUGAUGUUUUUCAUGUGGUUUUGGUACACAUUGUUUUCACAAGACUUCUCAGUAAAUACAACAUUUGACAGAUUCUCAUUCAGGAGUAAUUUUUUUAGUUUGCUGUCACUGUCAAUAUUUUGACACAGUCAAAGAUGAAGGUCUAAAUAUUGUCCCACUUUUUUCCCAGAGCCACUCCAUGCGUGUUGCUGUGUGUGAGGUACUGGGAGAGAUACUCGUGCAUGUCCUGUGUGGCGAUGGGCUCGAUGACUCCGGGAAAGCUGACCGUGACCGUUUCUUCGACACACUGCAGGAACAUCUUCAUGACACAACCUCACAUGUCAGGGCACGUGUGUUACAGGUCUACACACGCAUUGUCAACAGCAAGGUAUGUUAUGAUUGUAUCAAGGUGUAUCUACAGUGUAAUUUGAUAUUAGAGAUAUCUACUGUUGUAACCCAAACUCUAAUUUUUUCUCAGGCUCUCCCCCUGUGUAGAUACAGUGAGGUGAUGGAGCUUGCUGUGGGAAGACUGAUGGACAAAUCCAUAAAUGUCGUCAAGAGCGCUAUCCAACUCUUAGCAGCCUUCAUUGCACACAACCCCUACAGCUGCAAGGUAACUGAAAGCAACAUAACACGGAAUCACACAAAUGAACAGUUUUUCACAAUCUCACUUGAAAAAAUGGUUUUGUUUAUCAGUUAAGCAGUGCAGAUCUUAAGAAACCGCUGGAGAAAGAGACGGCGAAACUCCAAGAGAUGAAAGAAAAACUGGGGGGAAGAGAACCAGGUGAGAAUACAACCCUGUCAUAUUUUCUCAGUUUUCCUCAGUGAUCAGUCACAUUGUGCCCGAUGAUGAGACCAAGGCGAAUACGAGCUUACUGAAUGAGCGCUGGGUUCUCCUUGCCCUAACUGACAGGUAAUCUUGGCAGUGCAGGGGAGGAUUCCUGCUCUGCUGUAAGGGCCUGCCUACAGUGACUUAGCCUGAUCCAAAUUGUUCCUCUGGAGUCACAGAGGUGUAAUGCUGGGAUGGGGCUAACAGUGUGCAUCAGUGGUUGUGUGCGUGAAUGUGUGUAUGUUUGUUUGUUAGAGGCAAGGAGUUCAACCAGCUUGCUUCGCUGUUCAGUCAGCCAUGAGUUGCUUCUUUGGUAAUCUGAGGGCAAAAUUCCCGAUGUCAUUUUAUACCUGCUGAAAUUAAGUGACCCCAAGGUUUGUACACGUUGCCAAAAAGAACAGGUUUAUUACAUUUUUAUAGUUUUUUAGUAGGAAAAGGAAAAUAGUACCACAGCUGUUACCCACAAAGUUAGACAUUUAUUAGGGCCUGUACAAAGGAGCAUCUUGAUCUGUGGGCCACAGCAUUUUUGCAUCACUGCUGUACUUCUUUCCUCCACCCAAAAAGAGGGCAGUUCUUGCAAUGGGCCCAGAUUGAUUUUCUUUUCCAGUGUCUAUUUUACGAGAAAUGCGCAGACAAAUCACACAGUUUGUAAGAUUCGUGGGGAUGUGUUCCUGGAGUUAUUUUUAGUAUGAAGGAUUUAAGUCAAAAGUAUUGUAGUUUCAAGGUGUUUAUCAUAAAGAUGCAUUUACCAAACUCCCUUUAUCUGCUCCAGGUAGAAAGAAUCUGAUUAGAGAAUUAGUGCCAGGAAAUAUCAUGCAAAUGAUGAUCAGAUCGAGCCCACUCACCCUGUCCUCAACUAUGCACAUUUUUACACUCCCAUCUGUCUGUUAAUCUUUCUCUUUUUACUUCUGAGCUCUUUGACUUAUUUUGUGGCUAGAACUCCUGUUAUCCUAAUAUUUGGGGUUUAUUUUGCUGUUCCCGCUCCCUCCCGGCAGUGGCAGUCAUUAAAGCAUCGGAGCUGUGGGCUGCCAUGGAACCCGAGCUUCUUGUCACCGUCAGGACAGAGCUGGAGCCCACAAGCGAAGCAGAGCAGGAGCAAGGAGACGAGGAGGGGGAGGACAAAGACAACAGGAAUGUGGAGGACGACAAGGAAGAAGAGGAUGACAGAGCAACCGCAGUGAAGAUAGCUCAGUACCUGCGAGUCAACAAGUACAGGUGAUACUAAUAAACAGCCCUGGUUUGACGACAAGUUGACUUGAGUGUCAUUCACAUAAAGGAUUUCUCUCACCUGCACUGUCAAUUAGCAGACAAGUUGAUAUGUGGGAUUUGUUUUCUACUCCUCUCAACAGGAAUGCUGUGCGUCUUUGUAUAAGAGCCCACAGCUGCUUCCCUGAGUCUGAGAUGUUUGCUGCUCUAUCAACUCUCAACCCCGAGGCUCUAAUGCACACGCUGGCUCUGAUUUUUAAAGGUAAAGCCUGUCUUUACUUCACCUGAUGCACUCAUAUGCAGACGUACUUGUAAAAAGUGCUCUCGGAUGUGAGUCUUAAUGAAGUCAAGAUUGGAGACACUUGAGAGUCAGUCCUUUGUAUUUCCCUUUGACUAGAGUUGAUGUAUUUCAUAUUACCUUUUGCUGUCAAUUCAUUAAAACUGACUCGCCUUGAAUUCUUGCUUUUGCAAGAGAAUGAGAAGAGGUUACAUGAGCAUGAAACACUCCUAAUUCAGAACAUUGGAUGGAGUGUGACGCAUCACCCGCCAACACUAUUCUGCUUCUAAAAACUUCUUUCAGAUACACAGGUUGAAUCGCUACAAGAAUGUAAUAUCAUUAUGUAACAUCAACUAGUUUCACAGCAGUUGUUUAAAAUAAAUCAAAGCAUCUCACUUGCUCUGUUGUUAAAUGUCUCAUUUGAUAUUAAACAGUUCAGGUAGAAUUUUGUCAAGAUCACAAAGCAAUGAUUAUAUUAUGAAUAUCAUGACAUUAAUGCAUUAAAAAUAUAUACCAAAAUAUAUACCAGAAUGCUUGGAAAUCAAAAAUAGGGCCCAAUGAGAAGAAUGAAAACCCAAAUAUUAAAAGUGAAAGAAGAAUAACUUAAUUGAGGCAGUGGUGUUGACAUCGCUGAAUGAAAAGAUAGACACAAUAAGACAAGAAUUACAUCGCAACAAAUAAACAAAAGUAAAAAGUGCUUCUUCAUUGGUCAAUGUGUGAUGUACAGUAUACUGAACAGCAGGGUACAAAUAUUUCAAAUAUAUAAAAAAACAAACUGCUGACGAACAAUUGUGCGUAUGUCUGAAAAGCACAUUUUCCUAUAAUUCAGAUUCACUCAACCCUUUUGCGUGUCAUACUGGCAGAGAGAAUAAAUGAGCCACUUUAUAAAGGCAGUGCCUUAGUAUGUUCUUAAUGGGAUUUUAACACUCUGGCUUUCUCACAUGCACUUCCAGCUGAGAGUAGAUUUAACUUAAUUACUGUACAGCUGCUGUAGGAAGUCUUAAGUAAUAUAUCAGCUAUAGAAAAUGACCCAUUGAUUAUUAUUUUUUCCUCUAAGAUUGCUUUUCUCCCAACUUCUCCUAAACCUGGACUGUUUCCCUCAGGUUCUGAUGAUGACGCCUCUGAGCCCAGCCAGAACCUGGAGCAAAUCCCACCGAAAGAGGGAGAGAAGGAGGGGGAGGAUGGGGAGCUGAAGAAGCAGGAGAUGUUGGUGCAGUACCUGAGAGACACAGAAACCUUUGCCUUACAAGUGGAGAGAGCAAUCUCAGUGAUUAACUCCAUGCUUUACUGGAAAACCACUUCAGGUAAAAUGUAACUAAUGCACCUAUUCAAAAUAGAUAAUUAAUCGAUUCAUUUCAGCGAUAAAAGAAAUAUGAGUAUUUCAGAUUUGACUUUUAAACUCCUUUUAUUUUAGUGGUCCAGGAGGCUGUGCAGUUUUGUGUGACCGUGUGUGAGUUCAGUGUUGCCAACUCGAUCAGCGGGGUGAGGAAAAUGCUGCCUCUGGUCUGGUCAACUGACGCUGCCAUUAAAGACGCCGUGGUUCAGGCCUACCGACGCCUCUAUCUGAACCCUCAGGGUGACACCAUCAGGUGUGUAAAACUGGUUCAUGUACACAUGACAAUAAAGAUGUGCUGAUCUAGAUUUUUCAUCCCUCUUACUUCCACAAUCAGACUUCAGUUAUUUAUCUGUUAGCCUGUGGAAAAGUCUUUAUCAUUUGUGAACACGCAAGAUGGCAUCAGGCUUCAAAUAUUUCUGUAGUAUCCUUUUAAUCUCUUUUUUCUUAACAAUUAAAUGACAUUUUCACAAAUUCCUCAUUCAUUUUUGUAUAAUUCAUACUUUUGUAAUGCUGAUCAGGGAAGUUAUUUCUCUGAGGAUUACAGUCAUGUAAGGCUGCAUGUCAGGCUUGUGUUGUUUUCUCUAAGUCGCUGUCACGCUUCUUUAAUUAGGAUGAAAGCCCAGACUCUCGUGGACAGCCUGUCUGAACUGAUGGUGGAUGCAUCUCUGGGUACAAUCCAAUGUCUUGAGGAAAUAGUGAGUAACUGUACUUAGUUAGAUUUGGAUCAUGUCUUUGUAUGGCAGAUAGUAGAAAAACAACCUCACAGAAUUCAAAGGACAUGUUUGUACUGACUCACAAAUGCCCUUUUUUUUCCUAGUCUAAUUUUUAGUUGAAUCACCUCAUAAUACAGCACACAAACGUGUCUCUGGUGGUUUCUGCAGGUUCAGGAGUUCUUUGGCAGUGCGAGCAAUCUCCAGUCCACCGUUGUGCAGGUCUUGUGGGAGAGGUUUACUGGCAAACGAGAGACUUCCGCCCUAUACAGGCGAGCAGCAGUGUUGCUGCUGGGCAUGGCUGCACGGUAAGACGUGUUAGUUAAAGUAUGCUUCUACAAAAACUUUCCUCGGCCCUGUGAAGAAAAAGAGUUCGAGUUAGUUUACUAAAUUAGAGGUUUUAUCUGUUCUUGCCUCAGCUGUCGGGUAAUUCUCAUCCAGUGACUCAGCUCCACCUACUCUGACCAUGCAGAGUAAUAUGAGGACGAGUCUGUUAAGUGGUCACGAUGCAUACCUUAUUUGUUCGGUUGGUUGUGGUGUACUCCUAACAACAAUAUGAAAGACUCAGUACGCUGGAAGAAAUGAAUCACAAGUUGUUAUAAUUAUUGAAAGGUCCCACGGCACUUGUUUACCCUCUUCAAUCUCACCAAAUUGCGGCCUGAUCCCAUUGUCUUUAUACUACACAGUGCAACAGAGUCAUCUGAGAUGUCAAACAAGAUAAUUAUGAGAAGUUACAGCUUGUCAUUAUCUUCAAGUCUUACCACAGGCAACACAAUCAGUUGCUUUAUGGUACUGCUGUGGUAGUGCCGUGUUUACUUAUUAUUUGCAUUCUUGUGUACUUGUUAGCAACUGGACAAAUAUCAGAGUUUACUGGAGUUAAGAUGACACAAAUUUCAGACUGAGUCAUGUUUUUAUAAUUCUCAGGUAUCCAGUUACACACAAUGGUGAAUUAUAUUUAUAUGUAUCCAUUAUUAUUUAAGCUGGAGGCUACAGAUGUGAACCUUUACAUAUAGAAUUGGACCACACAUGACUUGCUGCUCAUUUAUCAACGUUUAGGCUUAAUUUUUCAGGCUAGUCUAGUUAAACCGCAAAUGCUCACAUGUUGGCAUCAUCCUUUCUGACUCUGAAGUGUUUCACAUAAACUUCUUUUCCCUAUCUUAUUACAAAUUUAGAUACUUUAUUGCACAGUUUAAAUGACUGAAGUAGCCUCCAGCUUGACAAGACAAAAUAAAACCUGCUUGAAACCCGUACUCAUCCUUAUGCAAAAAUAUCUUCUCAGAUCCUGAUGAAAACAAGUUCUCCAAAUCCAAUAAACAGUAUUUUCCAUCGGUUAAAUGUUCAGUUAAAAGGCGCAGGACUCUUGUCCACUCAUUUUUGACGCCAAACUUUGCCAACACUGUUUUUUUUUUUUUUUUAAAAUAUGUAAAAUCUUCAUAAUAUUUCCCAGCAUGAAGCCACUUCCGCUUUCUUUUGGUUCUGCCUCAGCUACUUGACGUUCCUCUCAUUAGUCAGAAACAAGCUCAGCCUCAUCUUUUCUUCUUUGUAAUCGAAGUCACGACCAUAUAACUAGGCUCCUUGCCAGUGUGUUUCAGUGAAUAUAUAUAUUUUUACCCUCAAUCUACCUCAAAGACUGCUGCUGCUGUAGGGAAGAGUGAGCGGAGAGAAAGUAAAAGAGAGACUAUCUGCAGUCCACCCACACUGCAGCCUCUCUUCAUCCAGUCGGCAGCAUUCAUAACCUAUUAAAUCCUAUGUGCUUCUACUAACCCGUCCUCCUACAUGCAUUAUCUGGGCAGCAGCCUCGCACAGGCAAGGCCAGCACACGGUGGCCAGGGUGAUAAAGGGCAGAAAUGUUAAUGCUUCACUUUGCAUUUUCACAUUACGAUAGGGAAUAAAAAAAUCUUCACUAACUCUUCUCUUGUGAAUGUAACAGGGCUGAAAGGGAGGUGGUCCUGAGUAAUCUGGACACACUCUGUUCUGUGGCCCUUGGCGAGAAAGUAACUGAAGACUUCCUUCUGGCCAGAGACACAGUUAUCACCAUCUGCAGCAUCACCGACCAUGUCAGAGUAAGCAUUUCUUUUUGUACCAGAGGCGGCAUAAACUGCUGGAAAUAUCCUGCCUAUGUAACAUGUACCGCAGAAUUGUCAUAGGAUACUUCGUCGUGCUGAAAGAAGCAUUACUGUUUCAUAUUUUACAUGCAAAGAAGCGCCUGAUUUAACCUCAGAGGGAGCAGUGAAAGCAAGCUGUUCUUUUCUAGUGGAAGCAGAGAUUUCAAAAACUUGGUUAACAUGUUCUGCUUUAUGUCCACCAGCAAUCAAAAGGCGCCCCAUUCAGACUACCCCAGGACCACCAGCUCUUCACCUGCCUCACACAGGCCCUCGCUGAUGGUACACGAAAACGAACUUUAUCUUGGGGACCACCCUCUUGAUUUUCCAUGCCUUCACUUAUCUGACUGACUCUGUUGGUGCUUGUCCAGGUGUGGUGAUGGAAGACCCUUACUGGCAGAGCUUCAUGGAGCAAGCCGUCCGUCUCAUCUACUUCCUGGCUGAAUCUCCUGACCAGCUGUGCUCCCGGCUGCUCCAGCGCAGCGCUCGCCUCUUAAUGGAUCAAAUAACAGAGAGUGCAGAGGUCAACAAGGACACCGUCCAAAUUCAGGAUGGAUCUCAAGAGUCCAGUGAGCAAAGUGAUCAAGGUGAGUCUCCAUUUAUGAACCUGUGCGACCCAUCGCUUGCACGGUGCUUUAAUAAUUUUACUGUAUGCCACGUGUGUCCAUGUGUCUCUCCCCUGCAGUGAACUGUGUGUGUCUGGCCCAGCUGUUGGCUCUGUGUGGUUGCGUGGCUUUCUGGCAGGUGUCGCACCUCGAGCGCAGUGUGAGCACAGAGUUACGGAGGAGGAGAGGAGAGACAGAGGAAAGGGAGGAGAAGGAGAAGGGCCCAUCCAGCAAAGCAAAGGUAGUUUAUAUGUUGAACUUCACAAAAAUAAACAUGUGUCAGGAUUUUAUUAGCAAUGAAUUCCCUAAGAAAUAAUCAAUUUUGAAAUGAAUCUUGGCGAUCAUGAUUUUAGCUCAAACUGUGCUUCCUAGAAAGUUUCAGUCAGGCCAAAACUGCAGUUGUCUGUGUUAAUGUAUUUUUGCAGAAAUUCAAUGAAAAACAAACCACACACAGCCCCAUGUGUGUUAGAAUCCCAACAGGAAAGCUUGAUGAAAUUUCUGUAAUUAACACAGACAGAUGAGUGAUAGCUCAAAUUGGUUCAGCCCAUCAGGGGACUCAAGAUCAACGCCUUGAUAAUUAGCAUUAGAAAUUCACAUUCAAAAGACAGAGUAACAACAGAUCAAAUUUGUGGGUGAAUUUAUAAAUGGAAAGUUCCUGCCAUUUAUUCUCUGCUUAUUGCAUUACUUUAUAACCUCUUUGUUAUACAGGACUUGAAAAACUAUACUUCUGAAAUGAGAGUAUAAAUCUAGUCCCUCUUCAAAACAAGCUCUGGAGGAAAAGAAUAUUUUGAUUGUAAAACAUCAAUCAAACUGAACUAUUUUGUGAAGUUUAACCCGCUGGUCUGUUUGCAAACUGCACAGAAAUCACAACAUUAUUAUGGUUGCAGCAAUCAGCCAACGAGAGUACUAUGGAGGAGGAGCUGGGGUUGAUUGGUGCUUCUGCUGAAGAUACGGAGGCUGAACUCAUCCGAAAGAUCUGUGAGACUGAAUUACUGGCUGGUAUGAAAAAACCUCUUGUCAUUCGCCUUCUGGUUGAGCAUAAAACCGCAUUUAAAAUCCUCAUUCUUUAACAGAUUCGGAUUACUUUAAAAUGCUCUCACAUUUAACAUCCUCUCCCCUCCCUCCUACCUCUAUCUGUUUAGAGGAGAACCUGCUGAGUGCAUUCCUGCCUUUGCUGGUGAGAGUCUGCAGCUCCCCAGGACGCUAUUCCCACCCACAGCUCACCACCGCUGCCUGUCUGGCACUCUCUCAGUACAUGAUGAUAAGGUAAACAUCAGACAAUUUAUGAGAUACAGGGACUUGGCAGAGUCAUUGAUAGAUUGUGAAAACAUUUGAUUACUGGAAAUCAGUUUGUGUUGAAACUAGUUUUAUAGCUUUUUGUCUACUGCCUUUGAUGAACAGGUGCACAGAAUAUAAUAGAAACAUCUCUGUCAAUAAUGGAUCACCUCAAAGACACACAGAUUGAAUAUAUUAAACUAAUAGACAGUAAAUCAUUCAUUCAGUAAGUCAUUCCACUGAGAAGUUUCCACACUCCUCUGUGGUGUUGCACAUUUCAUGUUUUUUUUUUAAGUUGCAUCUUCUUUGAAAAAUUAAAACAAACUGGUCAGUAAUGUUUUUUUAGGAACCUAAUUUUUAUUUUCCCUUUUAUCAGCACAUCAGCGUGUGAGGAAAACAUCCGGCUCAUGUUCACCGUGCUGGAGCGCUCUACUUACCCUGUGGUCAGAGCAAAUGCCAUAAUAGCCCUGGGAGACCUCACAGUCCGUUUCCCCAACAUUUUGGAGCCUUGGACUCAGAAUCUUUACGCCAGGUAAUGAAGUUACAUAUUGAUUUAUGAGCUAAAUCAAAACAUACAAGGCACGCCUGCAGUCCACUCUGAUCACCUUGUCACCCCACCUGUUGGUCUCGCAUACCCACACUUGUCGACACACUUAGUUCUAACCCGUAACCGGCAUUGGAGGAAAAUCUGGCUCAAUCCUUAACAAUUUGACACAAAACGGACAUCACUCAAAGCUUUCUGCUCCUUUUAUAUCUCAGUCCUGCAGCCACAGUGUGGAGGAUUUCUAUACAACACUGGCAUGUAAUUAGGUGAGACCUAGCUAAAAUGUCAAAGCUUAAGAGUUAUAAACAUACUCUUUAUAUUUGUUUACUAUAAAAGAAAAUACACAGCAAGCCUGCAUUAUUAUUGCGUCGUUUAAACCCUUCUUUGAGAUUACUAGCUUGGAGAAAUUGUGUUUUCACAUAGUUAUGAGCAUUUUGAAUACAGUGGCAUGCAGAUAACUGUAGGGAAGGAGAAUUUCAUCUAAAGAAAGGCAGCCAGCGACAACAGUCCACAUCCUGUGAGUCAGACUUCACGCCUAUUAACUUGCUUUUCAAUUAGAGGCAUGUUAUCACCACAUACGUAGAUUUGUUGGUUUUUUUUUACAUAAAGAACAUCCUACGCCCGAUGGUGUAAUGUCAACGACAUUUCAUCUCAGCCAGAAUCUGCUUCUUCUGCUUGUACACCUCAGCCAUCCCCAGCCUGAUCCCACCAGCAGCAUCACGUCUCGGUGUGUUGUUCCUCACAGCCACCGAGGUGUUGCUGUUGUCACGAUGCUCCACUGAGCCACAAGAUGGGAAAAGUUCACUCUCUCCAUCACGACUUGUUAUGAUUAACAAACUUUGAGAUGAUCUAUACUGGCAAACUCUGAUAUCUGACUUGUGUUCAGACGGUAUAGUUGCCAUAAAAAAUAUCAGCAAAGCCCUUUCUGGAAAAAAAAAGAGGGGGCGGAGCUUCGGACCACUUUAGACAUGGGGGGUUUUGGACAAUGAACAGCUUAAUUAUUAGUGUGUUACAGAUUGUGACUAGAAUCAAUGACUCGUGCGUUGUAAUUAUACAGAACGGGUGGAUGAACUGAAGGGAAUAAUUAUCAAGUGAAGUCAAAGGUUAAAGGGCUCACACUUGUAGGUACACUUUCAUUUUAAAGCACUUAAUGGUUUCUGUCCAUUCCUCUCGCACAUAGUUGCUUAAAUGCUCAACUUAGAGGCUGAAGUUGCUCUGUUUGAUGAGUGUGGUUUUAAUUAUAACGGUGGAUAAAGCUCACAUUGAGGUGUUUCCGACGUGUAAAACAUUCUGUUCUUUUCAUAAUGUGACAUUUCUCUUCUAGUGUUUUCUACCUGAUAAGCCUUUCAUAGUCUUCCCUAAUUGUCUCCCACACACCAGUACCUCCACUGUUCUUGAGGCAGCUGCCCUGAAGCCUCCUGAUAAGCGUGUUACGAAUUAAUUACCCUGUUCACUGCUGCUGUAAGCCCCUGCAUUGGCAUGUGGAAGUGCCAUGUACGAUUGUCUGAUCCUCUGCCAAAGAGUCCUGCUCCCUGGCAUAAAUGAGAAAUGGUUAAUGAGUUUCUUUUGUUCCGGGGUUUUGGGAGAGGGUAAGUCUAAAUGGGUCUUCUAAUGCUAUCAGAUUGCCCUGCCACAGCUUGUCCAAUACUAUUGUAGUCAGUUCAGGCUGUGGCAGUUGUUUGGGUAACUCAGCUGUAGGUUAUUGAAACUGGUCUUUACAGAAAGCUUAAUUGACCAGGACUGGGAAGUGAUCAGUGUGGAGGUGGAGAAUAUUUUCUCCUCUCCUCACAUUUUUGGCUAUGCUGGUUGCGUGGCUUUAGGACCGCAGAAGUCCAUCUGCACUCCAACUAAACAAACUGCUUUUAAAGUUUAUGGUUACCAGAGACUGGAAUAGUCAGGUUUUUGUUAUCGUUGUUCCCCUCAGUAGCUUUCAGCAGCUACAAAUAUUUCAUCACUUGCCUCGUAGACUGGCACUUUAAUUUGUACAGUCAGAAAUGUUUACCGGAGGAUUAAUCAUCAUGACUGGGGUUGCACUUUUCAUUAAAAUAUUUUAAAACUUAAAACGUUUUGCUGAGCACAAUACUCAAAUCACAGAGAAUGCUUUUUUUCACACAGGUGAUUUAUUUGACCAAAGUUAUCAGAAUUAUGUUGCAAUUUUGACAUCUGUCAGAAUUAUCUCAAUAAUCGCACAACCUCACCAUCAUGUUGCCACCCACAUCAUGACUCUGACCCCUGACCACUCAUCUCACCAUAAAUUUGGCUUACAUUUCUGUCCAACUCUACAGAAGUGAGUUUCUGUCUGAUGCGGUACAAUGUUUCUUUCAUAAAAGAUAAAAUUUGACUUAAAAAAAAAAAAAAAAAAAAAAAAAAAAGCAAAAUACUUCAUGACUGCCGACUCAGGAGCUAUCUGUUGUUGUUUAUGUAUUGUUGCAUUUUGUAUUUGUAUGUAUUCUGUUUGUUUAUUUGUUUGUGUUUAUUUUACGUAUUAUUAUUAUUAUUUUUUUUUUUUAUUUUAUUUUUUUUUUACAUGGAGCGUAUUAUACGUAGGAGAUAUUUGCAUUGAUUUAUUGUGGGUUGGUUUAAGGACCCCAGGAAGAAUAGCUGAGGCUCGGCCAAGGCUAAUGGGGAUCCCCAAUAAAUCAAAUCAAAUCAAAAUGAUCUCAGUAAAGUCAGCACUAACUGAAAGAAGACCGGCCUUUAGGAUAAAUAACAAAGGGCUUUAAUACAAAGUUGUGGGUGAUUAUACAAAUACAAAACAUAUUAAUGAAAACCAGAAUAUUUUCUACUAAUAAGUCUAAAUCACUCACAGAAAUCAGUGUACAUUUAUUCUAAUUCGUCAUAUUUUACAAUUCAAAAACUGCUUGUUUUUCUUUUACUGGUAUGUAGUGGUGCAACGGAUCACAAAACUCACGGAUCGGAUCGUUCCUCGGAUCAAGAGUCACGGAUCGGAUCAUUUUUCGGAUCAGCAAAAAGAAAAAAAAACAAGACAAAUAAAAUAUAUAAAAGUAGUCCACAGGGCAUAAUAUCUUCUUUUUAACAUAAUUAUUAAUGAAAAACAACUUAAAGUACAAUAUACAGGCAUAUCUCCUUCCUUUAAAAUGUAACAAUGAACCAAAAAUGAAGUGUGUGCGCGAUGGGAUGUCGUAACGUGGCUCAAGCACUUUCAGCAUGUUUUUAAAGCACUCGUUUUGCACAACUGAAUACGGCCUCAUGUCUGCAGCUAUAAACACACCGAUAGAGUUUGUGAAAGCUUUAGCCUGGUCGGAUUGCGCAGGAAGAGGCUGCUUAAAUGCUGCGGUGAUGAGCGGUUGUUGGGCAGCUUUCGUUUUAUCUCAGGUGUUAUGCCAAAGAAUGCACCCCUGCCGUAUAGUGCACCCCCUAACGGGAGCGCGGUUGAAAGUACAUAACAAGGCGAAAUAAUACAAGUUUUCCUUACGUUGGAUGUAUUCAACAGCGUUUGCCUUUAAUAAUUUCAUUCAGGCUAUUCAUAUCAAAUAUGAGAUCAUUAUCUCCACUUUAAGAAGCUAACGGGUGGAGGGGAUGCAGGGGGUGCGUUCUACGGCAGGGGUGCAAUCUACGGCACAACACCUGUCAGUAAAACACCCGGCUGAUGUCGCUUCAAAUGCGUGAACAUGCUCGAUGUGUUUCCACUGUCAUAUGGCUUUCUUAUGCCACAGUGCCUACACUCCGUCGCAGUUUUGUACACUGACCUCUUUCCUUCUUCAUCAUAAUUGACAGGGAAGCCAAAAUGCUCCCAUACAGGGGAUUUAAGUGUCGCGGGGCGUUCGAGCUCCUCCUUUCUCCGCUUUCAGAAAUCGAUCCGCGGAUCACAUGUGUGCCGAACCGAACACGUCGAUCCGAACGGAUCACGGAUCAAUGAUGAUCCGUUGCACCACUACUGGUAUGUGUGUAGUCUAAAUUGAUUUGUUCAACAGUUUUCCGUUUGAUGAGUGAACAGUUAAAUUUAAUGAACAUAAACUGUUUUAGUUUUGGCUAAUAUAGUGUGUGUUUUUUUGUUUUUCUUGUAUGAAUCACUUAUAGUGAGAUGCUAAUUUAGAAAAUGCUGGUCGGUUUCUUCUCGCACCUCUAUCAAGCCUGUGAAAUGAAUCCCAUUCCCAUCAGCCUUUGUUGACUAAAGUGUUAAUUAAACAAACAAAAGCAUCCUGUGACUGUCAGGUAAUUGGGCGAUACUGCACACUUCAUACCAGCUUGUUUUCAGAUUUUAAACAUUCCAGAUUUAUUGAUUUCAACAUUAGGUAUAAAUACUGGGAUUCUCGAAGGAGAGAGCAGCGAGCACUGCUCAGGUACAAAAUUAAUUCCACGCUCAUUUGACUUCCUGUUCUUGUCCAGGCUCAGCGAUGAGGUGCCUUCAGUGCGGCAGACAGCUGUGACAGUUCUAACUCAACUGGUGCUUAAAGAUGUCCUUAAGGUCAAAGGUCAAGUUAGUGAGGUGGCAGUGCUGCUAAUUGACCCUGAGCCUCACAUUACCAGCCUGGCACUGAACUUCUUCAAUGAGCUGGCCACCAAGGUACACACACACACUCACUCUCUCUCACACACACACACACACUUACAGCACUUCUCAAGGCGACUGAAUAAUUAGGGAGGUUUGAGCUCUUUCUUCGGUGUGAUCCUUCAGGACAAUGCGAUCUACAACCUGCUCCCUGACAUCAUCAGCCGCCUGUCAGACCCAGAGAGAGGCAUGACCUCGGAGGACUUCAACACUAUUAUGAAGUGAGUUUCAAGCUUUUCAUCAUUUGUCUGGUCUCAUCUUUGUCCGCAGAGGACAUGUCCACAUAGGGCAGGAUUCUGCAGGUCCACAAAACUUGUUAGGAAGCUUUCCUGAGAAACUUGAGAGCUUUUCUAUUUCGAGACCUUUGUUUACAGGCUGCUUUGUGUUUGUGUGUCUACAGACAGCUCUUCUCCUACAUAACCAAGGAGAGGCAGACCGAGUCUCUGGUGGAGAAACUCUGUCAACGCUUCAGGACUGCCAAGUGAGUACAUCUCCUUUUUUUAUUUUCACAUCUCUGACCUGCAUCUUUUCUUUCUUUUCAUUGUUAUUCUGCUCAUUCCUGCACCUGCAGUGUUCAAUUUAUGAGGAAUGUAGGGGCGGUAGCAUGGGUAAUUAGUGGGUGUGAGGAGAGACAAUAAAAACGAGUUUGCCAUUCAAUUCACCUGUCACCUCCACUCUGACAUCUUAUUCACUCAUUUGUCAUGGAAACGCUCUCUCACUGCGGUUGGGGGAUGUAGUCGGAACAACUGGCCUGGCCAGGCUUCAGUCUUCUCUGACUCAUGCUUGAUCCAUAUUCCAAGGAAGGACGUUUUAUAUAACACAAUGCCAAAGUGAAUUUAGGUAUACUAGGGUCCUGGAAAAUGAGAUUUUGUUCAAAUGCCAAGGCAAAGCUUUUUUCGUGAGUAAUGAGCUCCUUUGUCGUGGAUGUAGAAUUUUCUACCACGUAAGAAAGCAAGCCACUGUGGAAAAGCUGCAUGACACGAGGAUUGCAGCAUGCCCCCUCCAACUGUCUUCCCAGGAGAGGAGAAUGGCAUCCACAUAUAGUCUAUCUUAAAUCAGGUGGCCUCUGGCACAUUAUAAUGCUCAUACGUCAUCAUUUACACUCUUCUUUGUUGCAGGUAACAUAUUUUUAUGUUUCCUUAUGUAUUAUUGCAGGAAAUUCAAUUGCGUAAUAUUGUAUUUUUACCACAUGAUUUGGAGCAACACUUGUUUGCAUAAUUGGUCCAUACAAAAGCGUUCAAGGACCUUCAAUGGUAAGGCUGACGCAUAGCCUAAAUAAUUUCUCAUGAUACAGGCCUUUGACUUAAACAAUGCUUUGGAAACUCGGCCUACCUCUGCUUGCGUGUGGUUUGAUGGCUCAGAUAGCUUUGGCGCACCAAAUCACAAUCUGUUUUUUACUUGUCUCCUUUAGGACGGAGCGCCAGUGGUGUGACUUAGCCAUGUCUCUGUCUCUGCUGUCCAUGUGUGAGCGUGGCUUCAAGAGGCUGCAGGAGUGCUGGGAGUGUUACAGUGACAAGUUAACCGAGCCUGGAGUCUACCAGCCUCUCCUCUCCAUCACUGCCAAGCUCCGCCGUGGAGCCAAACCUCAGUUCAAGGUGUUGGAGACAUCUUUAGUCCAAAGAGGAUGUUAUAUGUACUUCAAUGUUGUUCUCAUUUACUAAUACCAUCUUACCUCUUCAGGCCCAGGUAGAUGAGUUUGAAAAGCGUCUGACUGCUGUUCACACUCGUGGACUGGAGAAUGUUGAAAGUCCAGAGAUGGAUGAAGAAAAUCCAAAGGAAGGAGGGUCCACUGAGAAGACGGUCAUUCAAACACCCCUGCCCGCCAGAGGCCGGUUGAGGUCAAAGAGAGGUAAAAAGAAAAAAAAAUCAGAGGAUGUCCCUGCGACGGAAGUUGUGUUGAUCUUGUCCCUUAUUUAAAAAUAACUUAUUUCUGAUUGUGUUGCAGGUCAAACAAAGCCGUCAGUUUCAGGUCGCGGGGACGAGAGUUUUGUGACGCCUCAGAGAACUCGCAAGUCCAAGAAACCUGUCAUCACCUUUAGCAGUGAUGAAGAGGGGGAGGAGGACGAUGAAGGUUGGUGUAGUCACUUAAUUGAUUUAUUGAUUUGCUGUUCAGAGCUUAUUAUAUUUCAGUCUUCUAAGUAUUACAUUGAGUGUAGAAGACAGUCAGAUGUUGGUGAAGACAGGCUGAAGCUGACCUCCAUAACAAAGUCCACAACAUGCAGUUUUUGCAGUAGUUGCUUGCUUCUUAAAGUCUUCCAGGUUAAAUACUAUAAAGCAAUAAGAGACCCCCCUCGUCAUGUCAUACUGGUAUGUUUGUGGCACCAGUGUAUUGGAUGCAACUUUAAAAAAAAGUGUUAAUUCAGGUUCCAUGACCUGACGGUUGCAUUAAACACAGUUGCUUUACCUCACCAGUCCUGCUGACAUCAUAGAGCGCUAUAUUUACUUUAUUUAUCUUGAUUUUUCCUUUACACAAGUACUUUCUACUGUCGGUAUAUGAAUGUGCCGGACAAAGAUAUUUUAGUACAUCAGGAAAACUUUUUGGAUCAAUACGAAAAAAGUUUUUGGUGUUUGGAGCAGACAGGAGAUUUAGGAUGGCUGUGCUUCAGUUGUUCUUAAUUAAAGUUAGCUGUGUGCUGCAGCAGCAGCACUAAUCCAAGUUCUGGGGAUCAAUGUGACAGAUAACUGUAAGAUUAAGAACUAAAAGAACAUGAAUUAGCAUGCAUAAUGCCAUGCAAAAUUAGGUUUGAGUUUGUGGCAUUUUAACAUAAUUUUCUGUCCUUGUCCUUAAAUUUGAUAUUGAUUUAUUUUAACAAACCAAACUCCAGUCUUAAAAGUAGUGUUGAGAAAAUCUCCAUUCUGCAGACUUUAUUUUUCAUGUAAACAAAACUUCUAGAUGUCGCAAAUCUGUCCCUCUUAUUUUCAAAGACUUCAGGAUGAUUCAGCAACAGUCUCGGCUGCAAGUUCACAGACCUGUGCCCCAUGUUCAGACCACUCUAGAAUAUAAAGUCUUUGCAACAGCUGUGAACAUACUUGGAGAAGAGAGCUCACUUCAUUCAAAUAUCUGACGUAACGCUUACAGUUACAGAUCGGUGAGUGUCGUACUUGUGUUGCUUUUUAACUUAAACUUGUUCAUUUUUUCCCUCAGAUGCUGUCAUGGCAGAGAACGAGACCCCCAAAGUGACCACGCCUAUCGCCCGCACAUCCCGACGAGCUCGCCUCAGAAACUAA